GUUUAUAUAAAUAAGUAAUGCCUCGCUGUCCAGAUACAUUGCAACCAAAAGAACAUGGAGGAUGUAUCUCAGGAUAUCAAUGACGUGUGGUCUUAUCUAACAACUUCCUAUCAUCCCAGCUCUCGAUUGCUGUCUCUCUCGGAGUCCCGAGGCCUCCAAGUGACAGACCUAGCAUUUGCGCGCCUCCUCGACCAAGUCAAUCCAGUCAGACAUCUAAGAGAAGAAUUCCAUUAUCCAAGUAUUAAAGACCUCGAUGUAAACGACUGCGACUCAGACGCGAAAUGCAUCUAUUUGUGUGGCAACAGUUUGGGACUUCAACCUAAAGAGACAAGAAGCUUGGUGAACGAAGAACUAGAAAAAUGGGAGAGAAAAGGUGUUGUUGCGCAUGUGCAAGCAAAGACAAGGCCCUGGAUUUCAAUUGAGAGCACAGUGAAGGAUGAGAUGGCAAAAAUAGUGGGUGCCGAGCCGGUGGAGGUGAGCGUCAUGAAUUCUUUGUCUGUUAAUUUGCAUGUGGGGAUGGUGGCAUUCUACAGACCAACGCAGGAGAGGUACAAGGUGCUGAUGGAAAGUAAAGCGUUUCCGUCUGAUCACUACGCUGUUCAGUCUCAGAUUCGGAUGCAUGGAUUUGAUGCCGAGUGUGGGGUUAUUACCGUCGAGCCGCGAGAGAAUGAGGAGACACUGCGGACCGAGGAUAUCGUAGCUGCUAUUGAGAAACAUGGAGAGUCUGUUGCUCUCGUUCUGUUCAGUGGUGUUCAGUACUACACAGGACAAUUUUUCGAUAUUGAAACCAUCACGGAAGCAGCACAUUUGAAGGGUUGUAACGUCGGUUUCGACUUGGCUCAUGCUGUUGGUAAUGUUCCACUCAAACUUCAUGAGUGGGGAGUCGAUUUUGCAUGCUGGUGCUCAUAUAAAUAUCUCAAUGCCGGUCCGGGAGGUAUUGGUGGGUUCUUUGUUCACAAGAACCAUGCUCUUGAUUUUGGCAUUCCACGCAUGGAAGGCUGGUGGGGUCACGAUUUGGAGACGAGGUUCAAGAUGUCAAAUGAGCGGCAGCUGCUUCCUGGAGCAAAUGGUUUUUGUUGCUCGAAUCCUCCUGUUCUACAGAUGGUUUCAUUUCUGGCCAGUCUAAAUGUUUUCAACAAAACCACUAUGGAAGAACUAAGGGCCACAUCAAUCAUUCUGACAGGGUACUUGGAGUUGCUGCUACAGCAUUAUUUCCUCAAAGGUCAAGUUGAUAUCAAUCAUCCCUCUUUGGAAGUUAUCACACCAAGCGAUGUCAAGCAGCGGGGAGCUCAGCUGUCUCUCCGUUUUUCUGUUCCAGUGUGUGAGGUGCACAAUGAGUUGACCCAGAAAGGAGUAGUUGUUGAUAUGCGAGAGCCAAAUGCUCUGCGUGUCGCACCUGCUCCAUCAUACAACUCAUUUGAAGACGUUCAUAUGUUUGUCAUGUUGCUGCAAGAGUCGUUUCAAAAGAUACUGAAACAGGACGCGCAAUAAAGACAUCACUUUGUAUGACAUAUUCGUGUUUCAUGUGAUUCUAUUUGUGUUUCAUUGGUUUUAAUUUUGUAAUGUUUAUCAGUGGACUGGUUUGCAAGCUUUGAUACGUGGUUCUAUUUUUCUUGUGUAUAAAUCAUACUCAACUCAUGACUUAAUAAAACUUCUAUGGCAAGAGGUUUACUACCUUCAA